AUGGCCGAAUUACAACAAGUGUUAGAACUGCUCAAGAAGCUAGAUACAAGACAAGAGGAAUUGGCCGCUCAGGUCGAGUCCCUCAAGUCCUCAUCUUCCAGAUGUUCAUGUGGUCAAUCCCACUCUCAUCCAAACCCUUCUACAUAUCCAAUACAUCUUACCGGCUGUACUCCAUCCUCACCUUCGACUCCAGCAGCAGGUACCGAGACUAUCCCCUGUCCUCCUCUUCCAGCUUCUCCCCGAAGUAACUCAGGUGGUGUGGAGGCAUUAAGAGUAUCCAGAGGAUCCUUCACUUCUUUACUUCCAAGUGCAUUAAACAACCUCGGUUUAGGAUCCAGUCCACCAUCAAAUACGAAUGGGACUUCCACUCCGUACGGUAAUUUAUCGUUGGAAGCUGUUUCUCAUGGUGCGGGGGCACCUGGACCUCUGUCUCCUACGGGUGAAAAAGAUAAGGAUAAAAAGAAAGGGUAUCCUAAUAGGGUGGUAUUGACUACAUACCCCUCCCAAGCUGGUAUCAACCCCGUUCCCAUCAACUGGGGUGCAGGACCCACCGCAAGAGAACGAGGUCCAGUAGUCUGUUCACGUAUCAAACAGAACUUGCUCAUUCGAAAUUCCAUUGGCGCACAUUCAGGUUCAUAUAGUAUUUAUAGAGCGCUGUCGAUUGCCAUGGGUCAGUUGAGACCUGAUUGGAGACCUGAUCUGACCAAUACUCAUCCGCCCUUCGUCCUUCCUCCCACUGAAGGAUGGUUUGGCGAUAAGAUCGUUUCCUUCGACCCUUGGGGUGCCAUGUCACAAGAAAUAUGGGCCAAGGAGUACGCAGACGGCUUGGAUGUCCGACCUACCAUCUCUCAAACAAAAGCACAUAUCAAGAUUGAAGAACUCGACGUUCUAGCUAGGAAGGGUGAAUUCCCAGUAGACGGUGACAUAGUAAUUAAAUCACCUGAAUUAGCGGCUUUCCCAGGUGUAGAUCAAGGUGUGGAAGUGAACACUUACAAAGCGGCUGUUGAUCCUGUCUGGUAUCUACCUGGUGUAGCUGCUCGAUUAGGUAUUGACGAAUCCAUCCUCCGAAGAGCUCUAUUCGAAGAUACAGGAGGAAUGUAUCCUGAAUUACUCACUCGUCCAGAUAUAAAGAUCUUCCUCCCUCCCAUAGGGGGGAUGACCAUAUACAUUAUGGGUGAUCCGGCCAAACUGCAAGAUCCCAAUGUGGAGAUCACCUGUCGACCACACGAUUCAUGUUCUGGUUCAGAUGUGUUCGGUUCGGAUAUCUGUACUUGUAGACCGUAUUUGAUCUUUGGAAUUUCAGAGGCUAUUAAAUGUGCUCAGAGAGGUGGGGUGGGUGUUAUUGUGUAUUUCCAGAAAGAAGGACGUGCUUUGGGAGAAGUAACCAAAUACAUGGUAUACAACCGACGAAAACGAGGUGGUGAUUCGGCUGCGGAAUACUUUAACAACACCGAAGUGGUAGCUGGUGUGAAAGAUGCGAGACAUCAAGCGUUGAUGCCUGACGUGUUACAUUUCCUGGGCAUCAAGAAGAUCACGAAUCUGAUCUCGAUGAGUAAUAUGAAAUAUGAUGCGAUUGUUGGUAGUGGUAUUGAGGUGAUUAAUCGGUAUGAGAUUCCGGAGGAAUUGAUCCCUGCUGAUGGGAGGGUCGAGAUUGAUGCUAAGAUCCAAUCUGGUUACUUUUCAAAGAAGGAAUUGACGGAUGAGAAAGUGAAAGCUACCAAAGGAAGGGAUUGGGGUGAGUAA